CCUCACCACACCAGAGACGGGCGAAGAUGGGUCAGUCUCAGUCUCAGUCAACAGAACCGUCUAAAGAGGUACCAAUAGAGCAAUUGAGCCACGAGCUCGCUCUACGCUUUGCCUCCAAGUGCUACACUCACCUGGAGAUCGCUCAUUUCAAAGACAACUUCAAGACUUUAGCCGAUCAUCAAGAAGGUCUCGAGUACUGGAAAGAAGACACACUAUGUCGCUUCCUAGCACUACCAGAGCCUCUAAAGGCCGGACCAGUGGUCUACCAGAUGUGCACUUACCUUGGGGCAUUUCCGUUUCCUAGUCUGGCUCCGUGUUUCUUGACCCGAGAGAAUACGCUCAAAAUCGUCACAAUCAUGACUGGCAGGUAUAAGAAAAUCCUGAAACGUGGCGACUCAGACAAAGCAAAGUUGCUCUUCCGGAGUCUGGCAGUCUUCGAUCGCAGAGCAAGCAUAUCGUCCCCGACCAAGGAGAAACCCAGCAUGGACAAUGUCGUUCGAGAACAACUACCGGAAGACAUGUUGAAACAACGAGAAGCAGAGGAGGGUUUCACCUCUCAUGCAUCGGGCUUCGCUAUUGACGAGCCCGCCAACGAUGACGAAGAAGAGGACGACGAUGACCUGGCUCUAGCCGCCCUCGAUUCGCUCGACGCCAUCGAAGUCUUCAAGCAUGACCACAGGACAGACCGCAAAAUACAUCACGCUAUGAUACCAGCCGAGAACUUCAAGAAAUUGGUCAUGUUACUAUUGCUCAUGGCUGGCUUAGAGCCAUUGACGCCCUUGGCCACAUACGGAGAAGCGCUGGAUGACGAGCGACUCCCAGCGCUUGAUGCCUCCGCCAAUGCAAUCAUCGCUGCAUUUGAUCCAGAUCCGCACAGCAACGGCAUCAAAUACUCGACUUUCGUCAAGACGGUGACCACGACCCUUCCCGAACUUUUCGACCCUUUCAGCGCCCUCUUCGAACACUUCCUCUUCAGCAAGAACAUCAACCUCAACAGGCAUCGCGAUACACCGAAUCCGGCUCCCGCCUAUGACCCCAAGCCUUCUCCUAUAUACCGAUCCCCCGAGGACGGCAUAUACUCCAUCUUCACAGACACACUGCUCUCGCAGCUCUCCAUGUCUCUCAAACUCUUCAACCCUUCUGGCAGUCUCCUGAACAUAUUCACCUCCAAUGCGCGCUUCAACCGCCUCUACUCCUCGUCCUCUGACGGCACAUCCCUCAGUUCUUUCUCCCGACAAGUCACAUCGUGGCAAUCAGGCACCCUGCUCCUUAUUUCUGGCACCUCCUCCGACCAUCUAAGCAACCUCGUUACAUUGGGCGCUUACCUCCCCGAGCGCUGGCCCGGCCCUGGCUCCGGCUCCGGCAGCAAAUCCAUCCCGUCAAGCGACCCUGCCAGUCCGAAACCAUGUCUGUUCCAACUCCAACCGCGCCAGGCACUGUUUCCUGCAAAUGCCUACAAUCGGAUGUCGCCCUGGUCGUACUUCUCGAGCAAAUCCGGGAUUGCACUAGGGUGUGUCAUCCCACACCAGUCGCGCACAAACACAAACACGCAACCGCCCAUUCUCGGGCCCGUCAGCCUGUUGAUCGACAGCGAUAUAUCGACUGCAACAUUCCAGCAUGACGGGUCGGCUGGGACCGGCGCCUUCGUGACGGAUCCAGGCCUGGAGACCGCUCAGACGCACCAUAGUGAGACGGCGCAGCCGAAGAAGGUCGAGUUUGAAAUCGACAGCCUCGAAGUCUGGGGGAUCAGUUUUCCUGUGCACGCAGGCGAGGACGAAGUCACGAUGCAGCAGAAACGGCUUGCUUGGGAGGAGGCUGAGGCUGCGAGGAGGCGCGGUGUCAAUUUUGGAGGAGACAAGGACGGGGCGAGAGCCCUGCUCGAGAUGGCUGGACUGGUCGGCGAUAAGGCUGGUAGUAGGAGUGGCGGAUCUGUGUAAAUCAUAGGUUUACAAGGGAACGGCCUCAUCACAAUCCAAUAAACCUCCACUUCAGUUGAAAUUAGUACAAGCCAGCGAUAUUCAGUAGCGAGACACAGGCCGGAAUUGUGGUAAAACAUUGUCUAAGCAUUAAAAUGUGAUUGUAAAAAGACAAUGGUGGCCGGAUCGUUCUUAAAACGCCAACCUCUG